CACACACACACACACACACACACACACCACCAGGAACCGAUUUCACAAUAAAUGGAUAAGGAGACAAACACCCCGGGUCCGCUCGGCUCCUCUCUCCGCUCCGCGCAGUGAAAUGAGGGAGCAUGGGGGCCAAAGAGUCGAGGAUAGGGUUCCUGUCGUAUGACGAGGCCGUGAAGAGAGUCACUGAUGUGGAAUUGAAACGGCUGAAGGAUGCCUUCAAGAGAACCAGCGGCCUCUCCUAUUACAUGACUCAACAGUGCUUCUACAGGGAAGUGCUGGGCGAUGGAGUUCCCCCUAAAGUUGCAGAGGUUAUUUACACCUCGUUUGGAGGCUCGUCUAAAGGGCUGCACUUCAACAAUCUGAUCGUGGGUCUGGUGCUUCUGACCAGAGGACGCGAUGAGGAGAAGGCCAAAUACCUCUUCAGCCUGUUUGCCAGUGAUCUGGGUGGAUACGCCGCCAGAGAAGACAUAGAGGCAGUUCUCCAGGUCCUGGAUGGAGAAGUUCCCACCUCCCUCAAGAAAUGCUUCAGUGAGGGUGACAAGGUGAACUAUGAGCGCUUCAGGAGCUGGUUGCUGCAGAAUAAGGAGGCCUUCACUUUGUCCCGAUGGCUUCUGUCCGGAGGAGUGUGUGUCACACUCACCGAUGACAGCGACACACCCACCUUCUACCAGACUCUGGCUGGCGUCACACACUUGGAGGAGUCGGACAUUAUAGACUUGGAGAAGCGCUACUGGUUGCUAAAAGCGCAGUCAAGAACUGGCCGCUUUGACUUGGAAACCUUUGUUCCACUGGUCUCUCCUCCUAUCCAUGCCUCACUGAGUGAAGGCCUGUUUCACGCAUUUGAUGAGAAUCGGGACAAUCACAUCGACUUUAAAGAGAUCUCUUGUGGACUCUCGGCCUGCUGCAGAGGGCCCAUCGCUGAGAGGCAGAAAUUUUGCUUCAAAGUGUUCGAUGUGGAUCGUGAUGGGGUUCUUUCUCGAGAUGAACUACAUGAAAUGGUGGUGGCCUUGCUGGAGGUGUGGAAGGACAAUCGCACAGACACACUCCCUGAGCUGCACAAUAGCGUGUCAGACAUCGUAGAGGGUAUCCUAAAGAUGCACGACACAACCAAGCUGGGUCACCUGACUCUGGAGGACUACCAGAUAUGGAGCGUAAAGAGCGCAUUGGCCAAUGAGUUUCUAAACCUUCUUUUCCAGGUUUGCCACAUAGUACUGGGGCUCAGACCUGCCUCACCUGAAGAGGAGGGACAAAUCAUCAGAGGUUGGUUAGAGAGGGAGAGCAGACAUGGGCUGCAGCAAGGCCAGAACUGGUUCCUCAUCUCCAUGCUGUGGUGGCAGCAGUGGAAGGACUAUGUCAAAUACGGCAGUCCCUGCUGUUGUCUUCCUGUCCAGGAGCAUAAGGGCAUCGUGGUGGAGCAGCCAUCCAUCCUGGGUUCACUGCGAAGUCCAAUGGCCACAGCCACCAUAGAGCCCGCGCCUCCGGACAGACUGGGAGGACUGGGAAACUUCAGCGCUGUCAGCCCCACUGAGGAGAGGUCACCUGACGCUGUGUCCAGUGCCUCAGAGGCCACAGAGACUGCCCUGAGCCCUCAGUUAGCUCCGUCUGCUACAGAGAGCUGUUUUGCCCGUCAGCACAACGUAUCGGACAACAACAAUCAGUGUUUUUCUGGAGCCAAUGGACACCUCCCCUCUCAGGUGGCAGCACAAAGACCUGGAGCUAUCGACAACCAGUCUCUGGUCAACACUGACCCCAUGAAGGCCCCUUCGUUAACCAUGGAAGGUGGCAGGCUGAAGCGCUCCCUGCAGCUGCUGCCUGCUAGAGACUUUGAGACGGUGCCAGAGCCAGUGUGGCGAGCGCUCUACCACUGGUACGGUGCCAACCUCAGUCUGCCACGGCCGGUUAUCCUGGAGAGCAAGACGGGCCAUGCAGAGCUGGAGCUCUUUCCCCGUUACGUCCUCUUCCUUCGCCAGCAACCAGCAACGCGCUCCCCACAGUCCAACAUCUGGGUCAAUAUGGGUAUGACCAACCUGCGAAUGUUCCCUCCACAUAUGAACCCACCAAGAGCAGGUAAUGUUCCAUCCCCCAACGCUCCUCUGAAGAGGGUGCUGGCCUACACGGGCUGCUUCAGCCGUAUGGCCACCAUCAAGGACAUCCACUUCUACCUGUCCCAGAGACUCCGCAUCAAGGAGGAGGACAUGAGACUCUGGCUCUACAACAGUGAGAACUACCUCACCCUCCUGGAUGAUGAAGAUCACACACUAGAGAGUCUGAAGAUCCAGGAUGAGCAGCAGCUAGUUAUAGAAGUCAGGAACAAAGAUAUGAGCUGGCCUGAGGAGAUGUCCUUCAUUGCCAACAGUAGUAAAAUGGACAGACACAAAGUUCCCACAGAGAAAGGAGCCACGGGUCUCAGUAACCUUGGCAACACCUGCUUCAUGAACUCCAGUAUCCAGUGUGUGAGCAACACCAAGCCACUCACAGACUACUUCAUCUCAGGGAGACACCUCUACGAGCUCAAUAGAACCAAUCCCAUUGGGAUGCGAGGUCACAUGGCCAAGUGUUACGGCGACCUGGUGAUGGAGCUGUGGAGCGGCACACAGAAGAAUGUGGCUCCCCUCAAACUCAGAUGGACGAUAGCAAAGUAUGCCCCACGGUUCAAUGGCUUCCAGCAGCAGGACUCCCAGGAGCUGCUAGCCUUCCUGCUGGAUGGUCUCCAUGAAGAUCUAAACCGAGUCCAUGAGAAACCUUACGUGGAGCUGAAGGACAGUGAUGGCCGGCCUGACUGGGAGGUGGCCUCCGAGGCGUGGGAGAACCACCUGCGCAGGAACCGUUCCAUCGUGGUGGAUCUGUUCCACGGUCAGCUCAAGUCCCAGGUGAAAUGUAAGACCUGUGGCCACAUCAGCGCUCGCUUUGACCCUUUCAACUUCCUGUCUUUACCCCUGCCCAUGGACAGCUCCAUGCAUCUGGAGAUCACAGUCAUUAAACUGGACGGCUCCACACCUGUGCGCUAUGGCCUGAGGUUGAAUAUGGAUGAAAAGUACACAGGACUGAAGAAACAGCUGAGUGAACUGUGCAGUCUGAAGCCGGAGCAGAUCCUUCUGGCUGAGGUCCACACCUCCAACAUCAAGAACUUCCCUCAGGACAACCAGAAGGUGCGUCUGUCAGUAAACGGCUUCCUGUGUGCGUUUGAGAUCCCGGUGCCUGGUUCACCAACGUCCCUGAGCUCACCCACACUGACAGACAUCACCCCAGUUGUCAAUGGCUCCGCUGCUAAUGGGCACCUGGGCAAUAAGCCUGUCCUCAUCCCUAACGGUGGGCCCAACACUAUGGUGCCCUGCAGCCCUGACACGCCCCUGGCCGGUGGAGUCGCCAACGGACACAUCACACCGGUGCAGGAAAGCCCGUUCAUUGGAUACAUCAUCGCCAUGCACAGGAAGAUGAUGCGCACAGAGCUGUACUUCCUGUCAUCUCAGAAGAAUCGGCCCAGUUUGUUCGGCAUGCCCCUCAUAGUUCCCUGUACUGUCCACACCAGUAAGAAAGACCUGUAUGACGCCGUCUGGAUCCAAGUCUCCCGGCUGGCCAGCCCACUGCCGCCACAGGAAGCUAGUAACCAUGCCCAGGACUGUGAUGACAGCAUGGGCUACCAGUACCCCUUCACUUUACGGGUCGUGGGUAAGGAUGGUAACUCGUGUGCAUGGUGUCCCUGGUACAGGUUCUGUCGAGGCUGUACAAUAGACUGCUCAGAGGACAGAGCCUGUGUCGGGAAUGCUUAUAUAGCUGUGGACUGGGACCCCACUGCCCUGCACCUCCGCUACCAGACCUCCCAGGAGAGAAUCGUGGAGGAGCACUGCAGUGUGGAGCAGUCCCGCCGGGCCCAGGCUGAGCCCAUCAGUUUGGACAGCUGUCUGAAGGCCUUCACCAGUGAAGAGGAGCUGGGAGAGGAUGAGCUCUAUUACUGUUCCAAGUGCAAGACCCAUCGGCUAGCCACGAAAAAACUAGACCUCUGGAGGCUGCCACCCAUUCUGAUUGUCCACUUGAAGCGCUUCCAGUUUGUUAAUGGUCGCUGGAUCAAGUCCCAGAAGAUUGUCAAGUUCCCGCGGGGGAACUUUGACCCCAGUGCCUUCCUGGCUCCCAGAGACCUGGAGCAGCACUGCCUCCACUCCCGUAGUGAAAGUGAGGAUCUACUGAGGGUCGGAGAAGACAACCUGUCCUCCAUCUCUGCUCCAGCUGGCUUCUGCAACCUCCCCAAAGCCUCCCCUGCCUCAAGCAGGAAGUCAGCUCCUUCUCUCAGCCGGUCCAGCAGCCCCUCCGGUAGCCCAAAGAGCGGCGGCGGAGGGCGAAGGCCUGGCCGACUACGCCUGCCUCAGCUGGGCAGCAGACACCGCCUGUCUAACAGCAAGGAGAACCUGGAUGGAGUUGCAAAUUCUGAGGCUGAGCCCCGGGAGGACGCUCCACAGGCAGACACAGAGAGGAGUGCAGUAGCAGGGGCGAUGGGCCUUCCUGGAUCAGCGGAAGCAUCAGAGUCGAUGUACAGCACUGAGGCGUCCAGCAGCCACUGUGAUGUGGUCUUGUUGAACGGUGACACCAACGGGCUGAGCUCAGACUGCAGCAGUGAGAGCAACAUGGACGCCGACAACUCGCUGCUUCAGCACAGAGACAACAUGUGUCUGGAAGCCAUCUACAACCUCUAUGCAAUAUCAUGCCAUUCAGGAAUCAUGGGAGGAGGCCACUAUGUGACGUAUGCCAAAAACCCGAACGAGAAGUGGUACUGUUACAACGACAGCAGCUGUAAGGAAGUGCCCUCGGAGGAAGUCGACACCGACUCAGCCUACAUCCUCUUCUACGAGCAGCAAGGUGUAAACUACUCCCAGUUCCUGCCAAAGAUCGAUGGCAAGAAGAUGGCCGACACCAGUAGCAUGGACGAAGACUUUGAGUCUGACUACAAGAAAUACUGUGUCCUCCAGUGAUGGCACAUCGUCUUCCAUCAGCCAGCACUAUGCCUGCUCUCUGCUGCCUCCUGCUGCUCCGAGCAGGAAGCACCGGACAUUCUGAUCGGUCUGAAGAAUUCUCACACACUGCUAACGACCAGAGUCAGACUGUGCUCUCUGUCUUUAUGGAUGCGUCGCAGCACUUUCUACACUUGAUCGCAAACAUGGAAUAGUGCCAAGGUUUGCCAAGACAACAUGGAAGCCCCGGUGAAAGCACUAAACUGGUGCACUUUGCUCAACCCCUCCUCCCCCUCCUCCUCACGUGAACAACAUCCGCCAUAACACACAUGUAACAUAUACUCGCAUACUAACACAUCUCUGAAUGUAUGCCAGUAUUGGCCAAGUCAUGAAGUGAUGUAGCUUUGUUGUUGUGCAUUUAUCAUUUGUGAUGUCAGAAUGCAGAGUUAACGUGUGAUCUGAGCCUGGACAUCCGACCUGCAGAAGGAAAGUAGUGAGACUACGUAAUGCUUUCUCUAUUUGUAAAUGCACAGCCAAUGAUUCAAUACACUUUUAAAGCCGAGUGUAAGCAGAGCCCAAACCGUGCGUAGAUGUCACACUUGAUGCCACACGUCAACAUGAUGAUGAAAUUUGUUCUCUGGUAAACAGCGGUUCUCGUGGUGAUUGCGUCACUAAGAAAGAUUUAAGUCAUACGCUACCUCAUUGCUUCUUGCGGCCGCUCAGCCAACUGUACCCUAAAAGUCUGACAGUAUUAAUAAUAUAAAAAUGCGUCCUUCCUGUAGGAGACAUGGUACAAACAUUUCACCCCCACCCAAAAUACCGCCCCCCCCCCCUUCUGGGCACAAUCACACACAUCCUGAUGACCACAUGAAAUUAGGCGCUUUUGCCAGAACUGCUUCAUCCUGCAGCUGCCAUAUAUCAGUGGUGAUUUGUGCAAUGUUGAUCUGUGUCCACAACUUCGCUGAGAAUCUCUAAAAAAAAAAAAAAAAGCUUGAGCAGGAAUCUUUGAUUUGCUUAGGACAGGUGCCAUGAUUUCAGAAGAGACUUGAUAUAUAAUAAUAAUUAAUACACAACAUAUGUUUCAUAUUUUGGUUCUUUUUAUACUGCUCAUGCAUUGUUUUUUUAUUUAUAGAUUUGUUGUUUUAAAACAGGCCUCAGGAGCCCCUUCAGGCCCAGGGAUGAUAUUUAUCUCAAAGCCACACUUACACCUUCACAGCUCUGUCUCAACAUGUACCUUUCACCCACUGCAGGUGAGAUUCAAACCCGUCCGUGACACUAAAGUUCGCACCCUCCCGCGUAAGAAAGGAGAAAAAGUCGUGAUCAAAAGUUCUCAUUUUAACAUUGUUACUUAAAGAGUAAUUUUAAAGACUGCACCGAUUUAGCAUCGCACUGCUCUAGCACCCCCUGAACUUACUGUAAUCAGCUUAACAAACAGGAAUCCAAAUCUGUGCAGCAGAACCAAAGAUGUUGUCUUUUUUUUUCUCCACACACUCACAGUUAUAUUAAAUACUGUUAAAUUUAAUUUAACUUAAAUUAUCUGCUAGUGUCCUCGAACCUGAAGUCUCCAGGAGACAUGAGGAGCAGGCUACAGAGUCUGUCAAGCUCACUUCUUUCUAAAUUCACUCCCAAGAUUUUCAAAAUCAAAUUCUUCAGCUCAAUGACUGUAUGUAAAGAAGGAAUGACAAGACUGCUCCCUACAAUUGAAGUUAAAGGUAUACCCACCAUAUCGCCUGAGGAGCAGAUGGUUCAGUAGCAGCUGUAGUGUUCCUGGUGUCACUGACGGCUGUGUUUCAAUUACCUGCACCUCCAACCACACUCGAGUAAACCUGUACAUCACUGCAGUCGGGUGAAAGGUUGACCCGGUUAAUAUCUGUGGAAGCUUCAGUAACACUGGAUUACUAACUGGGGAGAGGGGCCAGCUCCACUUCUCAGACUCUCACGGCCCCAAAACAAAUUUAAAGCAACUGCAAAUUUAGUUGAUACUAUCUUAGAUAUGAACUUAAAUGAUAAAUGUCAAAAUCUAGUUUUAAUACCUUCAGUAUUUCACUUGUCAUUAUAAUUGUAUUUCUAAACAUUAAUUUUGUUUAAUCUAUCUUUUAUUAAUUUAUCACAAACUAACUUUAUUCCUGUUUUUGUACAUGGGUUAAUCUGGCCCCAUGCACCCAGAAUAAAGUAGGGAAGUACACAUUUCAAGUUUGUAUGGUGAAUGUUUACAAAAUAUGAAUUAUUUAAUUUAAUUUUCUUUCAAUGGAAAAACCCAGUAAAGGAAACAAUAACAACAUUUCAGAUGGGCUGAUAAUUUAAGUUGGCUGUUUAUUUAUACUUAAAACUAACCAAAGCCUGUUGAAUCUGUUGAGGACGUGCGUCUGGACAGUAGCUACAUGUGUAAAGGCUUCUCGCUCAUCACUGGACCCAACAUUUAGAUAAUAUAUAUCUUUGUUUUCUUUGUGCUGAAUCUAAAUACCCGUUUAAUGUAAAUUCUAAACUCCGUUGCUCUUCUUAUCUGAAGGUUUGAUGUGACUGGUUAGUUUGUAAUGGACAAACGCAUGUGUUGCUCUGCAGAGUCCAGCAGCAGAGAUGUGUCCGCCGUGUGUGUGUGCAGCUCCUGCUGCGUGGGACUCUAAUCACUGUGAACAGACCGCAGACGAUUCCCCACUUUGUCUUCUAGAUCACACGAGAUGAAUCUGUGUGUUCGCCCCUUUUAGCUGCUGUAUUUAUGAGAAGGUGGUGUCAUUAUGGACGUCUGUGUGUGGAGAGAUCUCUGUCACUGUUCUCUUCCUUUGCAGAGUAUGUUUAUUGAACAAAUGGAAGUGUACAUACGAGGGCUCUCUCUCUGAAUGAGCUCUUUUUUUCCUCCAUCCCUCGCACCGAGCUGUAGCCCAUGUCCAGUUUGUGUCCGUGUUUGUCAUCACAUGGCUCAAAGGGAAACGUUCUGCUAAGGAUCUGUGUCUUUAGUACCAAUUUGAAAUGCCUGCUUCGUUUAAUGGUGCAAUAGCUGUCAACUGAUUUUACUCCCCUUUGGCCCUCGAACGACUACUUGUGUGAUGCUAUGCUAACUCCACCUGUGGCUUCAACUGUAUUAGCAAAAACACAAUGUUUAGAGUUGAGGGUAAUUUCAGCACAACUUUUAUAAUCCAGGAACAAAGAUUUUUUUUUCUGCCCAACAGAACUGAGCUCUGAAGCUGAACCUGGGCGAACGCUGAUCCUGUAAAACACGAGGCUAAAAUCUGAAACCCCUCCCCUCUCUAGAAGCCCUGCCCCACCCACCUCCAGAAAGGUUCAGGGUCGCAGACAGUGCAAUCUACUACUGAGCUGUCUGUCAGUGUCUGUAGCCUCUUUAUUUAAGUUCAUUUCUGUCGGAUCUGAACCAGAUGUGUUAAUUUAAAGAAAUUUUUUUAAGGUGUUUGUUGAAAGAAAGUGACAUUGCACUGACAUGAAAAAACAUGUACAUAGAAAUGUGUUUUGUAAAUAAGCCAAUGAAAUUUAUGUAUUUGAAUAUGAACUGUACAAAAUACUGUACUUGUAGUUGUAUAUGGAGUGAUACUGUUGAUCUGUAACAAAAUAUCCAACAAACAAAUUAAAUUCUGCAGAGCAAGCAAUGA